GUUAAAAGUAGCGCGCUUUAUGGAUACUGAGUUACAAUAAAUACUGAAAGCUGGGAAAUAAUACAGGGAAACUAAAUAAUAAUCCUCUUUAAAUUCCGGUUCCUGUUUGAAAAGUAAUUAUUGCGCCAAAAAAUAUUUAGAAGUCUAAAUUAUGAAAAUUCGCAGUGGCUUGAUUCGGACAGUUUUAGCAUCUCAACUAUCAUUGACAAUCGAUGAAUCAUCAAAAAAACAUAGGCCACGUAGAUAUCACUAUCUUCAACAGAAUUCAUCUCAUAUUAAAGAAUACGUUUGUCGUGCACAAAAUAUGGUGUACAUGUUUAAAGAAAAGGUUGGUUGUCCUGGUAUAUCUGUUUGUGUUUCAUUAUCAGGGAAGAUUAUAUAUCAAGAAGGUGUUGGAUAUGCCAAUGUUGAGCAUAUGGUGCCAGUAAAUGAAAAUACAGUUUUUCGAAUAGCGAGUAUUAGUAAGCCGUUUACCUCAUUAUUGGUUGGAAGAUUAUUUGAUCAACACAAGUUAGAUCUUGACGAAGAUAUCCGAGCCUAUUUACCUGAGUUUCCGGAGAAAAUAGUCGGUAAAACAUACGCAAAAAUAACUGUUCGAUCAUUGCUCAAUCAUACCAGUGGUAUUCGUAGUUAUAAAAAAAGUUCAGAUGAAAAUAAACAAUCAUCAUAUCCAGAAAUGUUGAAUACUGUUCGUUUUAACGAUACAUUAACUGCUUGUGAUAUGUUUAAAAAUGAUGCAUUACUUCAUGCACCUGGUAUUGAAUACACCUAUAGUACAUUUGCAUUCACAUUACUGUCAGCAGUUAUUGAAAAAAUUUGUUUAAUGAAAGGUAGUUUAUUCGAUCAACCAUUGCCAACUGUUAAAGGUGAAUUAAAGUCAUCUUGUAAUGAAGGAAAAGAACCUAAAAAUAAUUUACCAAAAUGGGCAAGAUUUGAUAAAAAUCUGUUAAGACUUUUUCAAUAUCUCAAUUUGAAUCAUACCUAUUUAGAAUAUCCAGAGAAGAUAAUUUCUUCAAGAGCUGCUCAGUAUUGUCGUUCAAAUAAAGGUCUACUUGUGAACACUCCAACAAUUGAUAAUUCAUAUAAAUGGGCUGGUGGUGGUAUUCUUUCUACAGCUAGUGAUUUAAUUUGUUUAGCUGAUCAUUUAGCAUUUAUUUAUAUGGGUUGGCUUGAUUCAUAUGGGAUUGUUAAACAAUCUACUUUAAAUCAAUUAUUAUGGAAAGUUUCUUGUGUACCACCAGAUCGAGGCACAUUACCUGGUUUAGGUUGGUUUUUAGCCAGGCGUUCAGGUGAUCCAGCAACUGAAGAAAAUGGCCAUCCAGAUCGAUUAUAUGCAUUACAUACAGGUGGUGCAGUGGGCGGGACCACUGUUCUCCUGCUUAGUCUUCCCUUGUUAAAUAAUAUUCAUAAUGAUCAUGUUCCCAGUAAGACAAAUCAAGCAAACACUAUUACUGCCAAAGAGAGUAAUUCUUUCUUAUCAAUUCAAAAAAUCUAUCCCACAGAAGAUAAUCGAUUGAAAGCAGCAACCAUUCCUCCAAUUAAUGUAGCUAUUUUAACUAAUUUAGAAAAUGUUCCUGGUAUAUCAGAAUUAGCUAUACAAUUAUCGGAAUUAUUUUUAAAUUAUGCCAUAAAAUUGAAAGAACUCAUUGAAGAAGAAGAAGAAGACGACGACGAUAAAGAAGAAGAUGGAGCUGGUGGUGGUGAUAUUAGGGUUAAUGCUUAAAGAACUAAAGUCACAUUCAUUUGGAUCGAUAUAUUUCUUUGAGUUUCUUUGUUUAUUGUUUCAUAAUUUUCAUAAUAUGGUUUUGUUUUGUUUCUCUAUAACUAGUUUCUCCUUUUAAAUGAAGAAAAAGAUUCAUUUGCAUUUUCAUAAAUUAUUCAGUUCUGUCAUAGUAAACAAAAAAUGUCUAUUGUUCAUAAUUGAUGUUUGAAAUUGCUUUUAAAGGACGGAUAUAUGUAUGUAUACCAUUUUGCUUGAAAAUGAUUGUAAAUAUUGGUUGAAAAUUUUCUUUGAAAGAAUUUCUAUUUUCUUAUAAAGUAUUAUUUAUAUCUAAUAGUUAAUGUAUGUUUGUAUACACUAAUUGUGUCAACCAUGUUGUACUUGAAAAGUUUAUUUCGGGGAUG